AUGGACAAAAGAAUCACAGAAAUACUAGCAAUUCCUUUUGUUCAUCCCAAACUUUUUAGAGAGCAUCAUGGGAACAUUUAUCUGUCAAAUAGAAAACUUCGGAGUUGCUACGUUCUUUGGAAAAAUGCUUUUGAAAAACAUGUGAGCCUUAAAGUCGCUGUCCCAUUUAGAUAUGAAAAACAUACAAUCAUCCGAGCCCCAUGGGACAACGCCCUUGAAGCACUUGAGGCCUCAUUGGAGCAUUUCAAAGCGAAGGUAGAUUUGUUUCUCCCGGAGUCCUAUGUGGCGAUUCUCAAGUUAGAGGACACAACUAAUCUCAGUCAUCUCUUCGGACAGAUCGAGCAAUGUUGCCAUAUGAUAGUCAAGAUGCAUCUUGAAGAGACGCCUGAGUUUGGUUUUGUUCUCUAG